GUGAAUUUUACGGGGUCUCUGCCGUUCCCCCCAGCCUGGAGAAGAAAUUCAAUCCAUCGUUCUUUCGUCUCUUUCCCGCCCGCAGUCUCCGCCCUUCCACCCACCCCCCCCCAUCACGACUCAUGAUUCUCCUCUUCCCACUGUUUUAAUUUUACUAAUUAUUACCCAUUGACCAAAAUAUAUUUCUUAAUUGUGCCAUUCUCUCUGCGCGCGCUUAAGCGCUUCUAGUCGCGUGGUUGAACCGAAGUCAACGCAGCUCCGCGGCAGCAACAGUAAAAAGAGCCUGAGCAACGGACCGAGACACCAACGACACCACCCCUCCGAAUGGAGACUUGCUAGAGAGUUGGGUGGACAAUAACUAGCGCAAGGCCCCACUGGAGGGGGCCUGGCGGUUCUAACUAAGCUCCGUUCUACGUAAAUAGCUAUUCCUUUCGCUUGCCUGUCGUUUCUCUCUUUUUUUUGGAGAGAGAAGUAAGGCGCAAUGGCUACGACGAUGGCUAGCUCUCCUAGCGCGACGGCGGCGAUGGAGCGGAAUAUUGAUGUCUAUGCGACCCGGUUGGCAGAUGUGAAUAUCGAAACUAAGACCAGAACCAAUAUCGCGAUCGAGCUGCGCGACUCGCUGGAGCAGCUAUGUUCCGGCCCCAGUUACCCCAUUUUUCUUGCGAAGCUAUGGCCGGUCUUCAAAAAGAUCCUCAAGGGCGAACCGGUAUUUGUUAGUUUGUCUUAUGAACAGAAACUGCGGAACUGUGUCCUUGAAAUCCUCCAUCGACUCCCUCUAGACCUCCCCGAUGUCGAACCGUACGCUGGUGAUAUGGUCGAUCUCCUACUAGAACUUGUUCGAGUUGAGAAUGAGGACAACGCUGUCCUCUGUAUGAAGACAAUCAUGGAUCUGGAACGACGGCAGGCCAAGGCAACACAGACGAGAGUCAAGCCAUUCCUGGAACUUAUACAGGAGAUGUUUGAGACAAUGGAACAGGUCGUUAGAGAUACUUUCGAUAGCCCUGCAUCGGGAGGACAAGGCAUGCCAUCAACGCCGGGCGCAACAUCACAGAAUUUCCAGUCUCCACGGCCCAGCUCGCCCGCAACCUCCGUCUCUGAUCUCGGUCCCGACCAGCAGUCGAAUCAACAGCUUUUGAGAGGAAUGCAGUCCUUUAAAGUCUUAGCGGAAUGCCCGAUCAUCGUCGUCUCGAUAUUUCAAGCUCAUCGCAGCGUCGUUUCUGCCAGCGUCAAAGUCUUCGUGCCCCUAAUCAAGGGCAUUCUACUUCUGCAGGCGAAGCCACAGGAGAAGGCACAUGCAGAGGCCGCAGCUCAGGGUAAGAUCUUCACUGGCGUGUGCAAAGAGAUCAAGAAUAGAGCGGCCUUUGGUGAAUUUAUCACCGCGCAAGUGAAGACGAUGAGCUUUCUCGCCUACCUGCUCCGGAUGUAUGCGAACCAGCUGCAGGAUUUUCUCCCAUCUCUGCCGGGUGUCGUUGUGCGUCUUUUGCAGGAUUGCCCGCGCGAGAAAUCAAGUUCUAGAAAGGAGUUGCUUGUCGCCAUACGUCAUAUUAUCAACUUUAAUUACCGCAAGAUCUUCUUAGAUAAGAUUGACGAGCUCCUGGACGAGCGGACGUUGAUUGGUGAUGGGCUAACUGUCUAUGAGGCGAUGCGACCACUAGCAUACAGCAUGCUUGCUGAUCUCAUACAUCAUGUCCGCGAGUCACUUAAUCGCGAUCAGAUUCGUCGGACCGUGGAAGUGUACACGAAGAAUCUUCACGACGAUUUCCCUGGCACUAGUUUCCAGACCAUGAGUGCCAAAUUGUUGUUGAAUAUGGCAGAGCGUAUAGCGAAGCUUCAGGAUAAGCAGGAUGCGAGAUACUUCUUGGUCAUGAUUCUUGACGCCAUUGGGGAUAAGUUCGCUGCCAUGAAUCACCAAUUUGACAAUGCAGUUAAGAUAUCACGGGCAUUUAAGAAUCAACCAGAAAACCAGAGGGAAUCAUACCUCGCGGAAAUCGAUAACCCACCGGAUUGGGAUGAAAUCGAUAUCUUUUCCGCGGCUCCGAUAAAAACCUCAAACCCGCGAGAGCGCAAUGCCGAUCCCGUUGCAGAUAAUAAGUUUCUCUUCAAUAAUCUUGUGAAGGGGCUGAAGAGCUUAUUUUAUACACUGAAAGCAACUAAUCCGGACAAUAUCAACAUUGAUGAGACCAUCGUUCCGCCCAAUUGGCCCGAAGUUUCGUUUGGGUACAAAGCCGAGGAGGUCGCGGUGAUCAAGAAGCUGUUCCAUGAGGGGGCUAGGGUUUUCAAAUAUUACGGAAUCGAUCAGCCAGAACCUGAAGUGCAAUACUCUUCACCGCUGGAAUUCCUUGCUAGUCAGUAUAUGCAGCAGAUGGGUAAAGAGGAGAAAGAGCUUCUGGAGACCUUCGGCACGAUUUUCCAUUGCAUCGACACAGCUACGUUCCAUGAAGUUUUUGAGACUGAGAUUCCAUAUCUUCAUGAGCUUAUGUUUGAACAUUCUUCGCUAUUGCAUUUGCCCCAAUUCUUCCUCGCAAGUGAAGCUACGUCUCCGGCCUUCGCUGGGAUGGUGCUGCAAUACCUCAUGGAUCGAAUUCAUGAGGUGGGGACCUCAGAUGUAUCCAAAUCGAGAAUCCUGUUGAGGAUGUUCAAGCUAUCGUUCAUGGCUGUCACGCUUUUUUCAGCACAGAACGAGCAGGUCUUGCAUCCCCACCUCACUAAAAUCGUUACCAAGUGUAUAGAGCUCUCCGUUACAGCUGAGGAGCCGAUGAAUUAUUUCCUCCUCCUCCGCUCGCUGUUCCGAAGUAUUGGUGGAGGCAGAUUCGAACUCCUAUACAAGGAAAUCUUACCGCUCCUGGAGAUGCUUCUCGAGACCUUCAAUAACCUCCUCCUAAGCGCUCGGAAACCCCAAGAACGCGAUCUUUACGUUGAACUCACAUUAACAGUCCCUGCCCGUCUCAGCCAUCUACUCCCCCAUCUCAGUCAUCUCAUGCGCCCCAUUGUCGUUGCACUUCGGGCUGGCUCCGAACUCGUUGGCCAAGGUCUCCGCACACUCGAGCUUUGUGUUGAUAACUUGACCGCAGCCUAUCUAGACCCAAUAAUGGCGCCGAUCGUAGACGAACUCAUGACUGCCCUUUGGGACCAUCUUCGUCCAAACCCUUACAGCCAUUUCCAUGCUCAUACCACCAUGCGAAUCUUGGGUAAACUAGGUGGUCGUAAUCGGAAAUUCCUCAACCAUCCACCAGAAUUGUCCUUUCAGCCGUUUGCCGAUGAUAUUCCCAGCAUAGAUGUUAAACUUAUUGGUGGUGCAAGCAAGGAACGUGCAUUUCCCCUGGAUAUUGGGAUUGAUUUGGCACUGGGGAAGUUGCUUGAAGUACCUAGGACACCGGCAGCGAAAGCUACUGAUGCACAUUACAAACAGCAAGCGUACCAUAUGCUGAGUUCUCAGCUGAAGCUUUAUAUUGGCCUUGAACACCCGCCUGAGGAAUUGGCUACGCUGGUGCGAUUGCAAGCGAACGACUUGGCUGAAGGAAGACUAGUCGGGCCGGAUAUUCUGGAAAAGUCUGAACGGAGUGGCUCGAUUCCGAAGAAGACGGCCCAGGAGGAGACAAUGAGGAAGUUACUGAAAGCCUGCAUUAUCGCGACAACUAUCCCGGACCUGAAACAGAGUGCAACUGCAUUCGUCACGGACGUGUGCCGGCACUUUACUAUCGUUGAAGUUGGACGAUCACUCGCACAAGCGAGACACGCCAGGAGACCUUUCAAUGUUAACUCAGGAGAAGGUCCUAUGUACCUAGACACCCGAGUGCUUGCGGAUGCCCUCGUGGAAUGUUUUUCGUCUGAUCAUCGUAAUGUUCGCGACGCGGCGAAGAGCGCCAUGCUUACUAUGCGUGAUACAGCCGCUGUUAUCUUCGGUUCUCCGGACAAAAUUGCCAAACUCUCCUUCUUCUCGCACCUUGCGCGAGUAUUUUGCCACAACUGCCAUGAGGAAGAGUGGUUUACGAAAGCCGGUGGAAGUCUUGGGAUCCAAGUCUUUGUCACGGAGCUUGACCUCGGCACGCCAUGGUUGGUUGAUCGGCAGGCGGAGUUCGUCAGGGCCCUCAUGUAUGUCAUCAAGGAUACGCCGACGGAUUUGCCUGCUAGCACUAGAGUACAAGCGCGGGAUACGCUAGAUAAAAUUCUCCGCAGAUGUCAAACUGGCGUGUCCAAGGAGGAUUUGAAGAAUGAGAAGAGCAGGCUGACCAGUCUCUGUGGGUUUUUCAGUUACGAGCUCUCGCACAUGAGUAAACAUGUCCGCGAGACUUCUCAGCAGGCGUUUGAGACUAUUGCGCAAGCUGUUGGUGCUGAGAAGCAUGAGCUCCUCGCUCCUGUCAAGGAUAGGCUUCUACAGCCGAUCUUUAAUAAACCGCUGCGUGCUUUGCCGUUUCCUACAGAGAUUGGAUUUAUCGAUGCCAUCACCUUUUGCCUCGGUCUUCAUCAUGGAAUCGUGACGUUCAACGAUCAGUUAAAUAGACUGCUGAUGGAAUCAUUGGCAUUGGUUGACGUCGACGACGAGUCUCUUGCGCCGAAGCCAAAUGAAUUCAAGACCGCAGAGCAAAUUGUGAACCUCCGAGUCUCCUGCCUCCGCUUGUUAUCUAUGGCAAUGAGCUUCCCGGAUUUCGCGAGCGGCCCGCAGAAUACAGGGCGUGCACGUGUCAUCGCCGUCUUCUUCAAAUCGCUCUAUUCUCGCUCGCCGGAAAUUAUCGAGGCUGCAAACUCUGGUCUGCGAGAUGUUUUGACGCAGACGAAUAAGUUACCGAAGGAUCUACUACAGAACGGUCUUCGGCCCAUCCUUAUGAACCUGCAGGAUCCGAAGCGGUUGAGUGUUGCGGGGCUUGAUGGCCUAGCCAGGCUGCUGACGCUGCUCACAAACUAUUUCAAGGUAGAAAUUGGUUCUCGAUUGCUUGACCACUUGAAGGUCAUAGCCGAUGAUAAUAUUCUUCAACGAGUAUCAUUUACGCUCAUUGAACAGAGCGCAUCCAUGAAAAUUGUCGCCGCUACCUUUAAUAUUUUCCAUCUCUUGCCUCCGGCUGCGACAACUUUUAUGGAGCGAUUGGUGAACAAGGUUUUGGCCUUAGAAGAACGAUUGCGGAGAACGUCGAAUAGCCCAUUUAGAAAACCGCUCGUGAAAUAUCUCAACCGAUAUGCGAAGGAAACAUGGGAGUUUUUCCGUGCUCGCUUGAAUGACGAAAGAUAUGGUCGUUUCUUUGGCCAGAUACUGAUGAACCCGGAGAGCGUAGCCAUACGGUCCACCAUUGUGGCGGAGGGUGAUACGCUGGUUUCCAUUGCCUUUGUACAGGAGCCUGUCGACAGCGGCAGGAACACUGUCGUUAUUAAUGCCAUAUAUGUUAUCUACGCAAUAUGUUACCAUGAUCCAACCAAGAGCUGGCUGAAAAACAAUCCCGACCUUAAACGACACCUCAUGAACGCCGGACGGGACCUCGAAAGUAAGCUCCGCGCCGACAAAUUGCCGCCCAACGAGCGUCUCCGUGUUGAACAAGCUCAAGAUCAGCUCAUAGAUAUUUUCUUAUCAUACCUGACGCAUUCACUACAUGACAUGGAUUUCCUUUUUGAAAUCAUCAAUCGAUUGUCUGCGCGCGAGCUCAAGACGACUCUUGCUUUUCCCAAAUUCCUUUAUGAAAACAUCAUCACGAACGAAUCGAUUGAUUAUCGGCGGACGCUUAUCAUGCGUUGUUUGGACCUCUAUGGCCAGCGCAACGUGUCACAGAAAAUGAAAACUUAUGUAUUCCACAACCUAGUCAAUCCCAUCUUCGCAAUGGACGUGAAGAACAACUGGGGCCAACAGUCUACUACUGGCCCGAGAUUAGUGGAUAAGACCAUGACCGAGGCCAUCCAUAACAGACUCUGGAAGCCACAGCUAGGUGACAUCAGUGAGGAGUCCAGUCAGCCAGGUGUGGACCAUUCGCGCAUGGAGCUGCUACAGCUGUCCGCCUUGCUGAUCAAGUAUCAUCAUACAAUCGUUCAAGAUACACGAAAAGAUAUCAUCAAGUUUGCCUGGAGCUAUAUUCGCCUGGAGGAUAUUAUUAACAAGUACGGUGGCUACGUUUUAAUCAGCUACUUUAUCUCGCACUAUGAGACACCGUCCAAGAUCGUAAUACAGAUAUACGUCGCCUUGCAGCGAGCCCAUCAAAACGAAGGCAAGGCGCUGGUGACCCAGGCUUUGGAAAUUCUAUCCCCUGUACUUCCCAAGCGGGUAACUUCAGGAGGAGAUUCGCGGUACCCUUUAUGGUCUAGGUGGCCACGGCGCAUUCUGGCUGAGGAGACGGCAAACCUACAACAAGUACAGAGUAUCUUCCAAUUCCUCGUUCGACAACCAGAUUUAUUCUAUGAAUCUCGAGAAAACUUCGUGCCCCUCAUUGUCCCAUCUCUUAUCAAAAUCGCCGGACCUCCAAACCCGUCCAACGAAAGUAAGAAGCUGACGCUGAACUUGAUCGGGCUUAUCUGGACGUGGGAAGAAAGGCGUGUGCGGGAGGCUAGUGUGCUGCCACCACCUGCUACAGAAGAGGCUCAGGCUACCCCGUCCGCUGCUUUGGCCCCGCCUGCCAUGAGAGAGCGACCUGAAUACAUGGUUCCUCUUGAUCUCCGCACCGCCCUUGUCAAGUAUCUCGUUACAUUUAUCUGUGGCCUUCCCGAGAGGUACAAAGUCCCUGCGUCGAGGUUCCGGGAGAAAAGCACCUUGCGAUCUGCGCUCCCUAUUCUCCAUGGCGAGAUGAUUAAGAAGGCUAUGCAGUUAUUGAAAGGCCUUAUGUCUUCUGAGUACUGGGGUGACUUGGAUAUCGAUCUGUAUCAAAAAGUGACGGAACCCAUUCUGUGUGGGGAGAAAGCUGACAAACCUGAUGAGAAGCAUACGAGCAACAUGAUCAAUGCUCUUCAGGUUAUUCGCAUUCUACUUGCUUCUAAACCUAAUGAAUGGAUAGUGAGCCGUUCUACGCUUUUGCAGAAGCUAUUCGAGAAGCCUCUCCGAUCAGAUAAUCCCGAGAUCCAGGACUGUCUACAUGGAAACAUGGAUGAGACGGAUACCGCUUCAUUGCCACCACCGGUCAAGCGUGUUUUGGAUGCAAUGCCUGCGGAUGACCAGCCCGAAGAUGAAGAUGCGAUGGAUGUUGAUUCUUCUCCUUCCGAGUUUGUUACAUACCUCUCCGCAAUCGCCACAGAGGCGUUGUCCGCCACCAAUUACAUUGCGGCCAUCAACAUCCUUUGGACCUUGUCGAAGUGCAAACCAGCAGAGAUCGACCAGCAUGUUCUUCACGUCAUGAAGAUAUUCUCACUAAAGCUUGCGAAGGAUCAUGUAGCUGCGUACGCGAACAGCGGCAAUAAUAACUCUGCCAAUCCUGCUGGAAAUAUGGCCAAUAUGCGGCCUGGGGAACAACAACACCCUUCUUCUGAUGAUCCAGAGUUUGAAAUUGGCGUCGACCUGAUUUCGAAGACUAUUGAUCUCCUCGCUACGAGGAUGUCCUACCUAGGAGAACAGCGGAGACCUUUCCUUAGCGUGCUUGCUCAGCUUGUCGAGCGCUCUCAAGACAUCCGCCUUUGUACUAAGAUCCUGCGAAUGGCUGAGUCUUGGAUAUUCGACUCCACGGAGUCUUGGCCGACGCUCAAGGAGAAAACUGCAGUGUUGCAUAAGAUGCUGCUUUUCGAAUCCAGGCCAGAUCAGACACCCCUCAAACAAUUCCUAGAGCUAGUCAUUCGCAUCUACGAGGACCCUAAGAUCACGAGAACCGAGUUGACGGUUCGGUUGGAACACGCUUUCCUCAUAGGCACCCGCGCACAAGAUGUCGAAAUGCGCAAUCGCUUCAUGGCCAUUUUUGACCGUAGCUUGACACGAUCGGCAAAUACUCGGCUCAGCUAUGUACUAACGUCGCAAAAUUGGGACACGCUUGCCGAUUCCUUCUGGCUCACACAGGCGUCUCAGUUGGUUAUUGGCUCCAUAGACAUGACCACGCCCGCUCGACUCCACCAGGAAGACUUUACGGUUUCGCCCACUGCAUUCCUCUUCGGAAGCUCAGAGAAAGAUCCCAGAAAGGAUGGUCUGAUGGUGGACAGCAAUCUGGAGUCUCUAAUUUCAGACCACAGAAAAUUCUGCCAGGAACUGGGUGAUGUUAAAGUUCGUGAUAUUCUGGAGCCCCUUUCGCAGCUCCAGCAUGCAGAUACCAAACUUGCUUAUCGGAUCUGGGUGACACUCUUUACUGUUUGUUGGUCUACAUUGAAUCGGGAUGAGCGGAGCGACUUGGAGAAAGGCAUGGUAACUUUGCUCACGCGCGAGUAUAAUCGCGGCCAAAUUGACGAUCGACCAAAUGUUAUCCAAGCACUUCUCGAAGGUGUGGUCAGAGCUAAGCCGCGUUUCAAGAUCCCACCGCAUGUCAUGAAGUAUCUCAGUCGCACGUACGAUGCUUGGUAUAUUGCUGCUUGCGCCCUUGAGGAAUCGGCUAUUAGUCCGCUGAUCGACACUCCCGCCGUGCGUGAAAGUAACCUCGACGCUCUUGUUGAACUUUACGCUGGUUUACAGGAAGAUGAUUUGUUCUACGGCACCUGGCGAAGACGGUGUAAAUUUGUCGAAACCAAUGCUGCGCUGUCUUAUGAACAACAGGGAAUGUGGGAUAAGGCACAGCAACUGUACGAGUCAGCUCAAAUCAAGGCGCGUACUGGGGCAGUUCCAUUCUCGCAAGGAGAGUAUUUCCUCUGGGAGGACCAUUGGAUGAUUUGUGCGCAGAAGCUGCAGCAAUGGGAGAUACUUAGCGAUUUCGCGAAACAUGAAAACUUCAACGACCUUCUCUUGGAAGCGACCUGGAGAAACCUUGACAACUGGCAGGGCGAAGCGAAUCGCGAUCAGUUGGAUUCCCUGAUAAAAUCUGUUUCCGAUGCCCCAACUCCUCGACGGACGUUCUUCCAGGCCUUCAUGUCUCUUCUCAAGUUCCAUGGGAAGCAAGAUGGCCCCCAGGAGUUUAAUAAUAUAUGCGAUGAAUCCAUUCAGUUAUCGAUCCGAAAGUGGCACCAGCUUCCCAAACGGAUUACGAACGCACAUAUUCCGAUUCUUCAGAAUUUCCAGCAGCUAGUCGAGCUCCACGAUGCAAGCGUUAUCUGUACCAGCUUGGCGCAGACAAAUGAAAGGAAUCUAGACACCAAGUCUGGGGAGCUGAAGAUGUUGUUGGCAACCUGGCGUGAUCGAUUACCAAACGUGUGGGACGAUAUUAAUGCCUGGCAAGACUUAGUUACGUGGCGACAGCACAUUUUCCAGUUAAUUAAUGGGACUUAUCUCAGCCUUCUUCCCCAGUCAAAUACUGUUACUAGCAAUUCAUACGCUUACCGAGGUUAUCACGAGACAGCCUGGAUUAUCAACCGCUUUGCUCAUGUUGCACGGAAACACCAAAUGCCCGAAGUGUGUAUCAACCAGCUUAGUCGCAUCUACACACUACCAAAUAUUGAGAUCCAAGAAGCCUUCCUCAAAUUAAGAGAGCAAGCCAAGUGCCAUUACCAGAACCCGAAGGAACUUAACAGCGGACUCGACGUGAUCAACAAUACGAACCUGAACUACUUCAACGCCCAACAAAAGGCCGAAUUCUAUACAUUGAAGGGGAUGUUCCUGGCUAAGCUCAAUCACACCAAUGAGGCCAACGAAGCGUUUGGGGUUGCUCUAUACUACGAUCUACGACUCGCCAAAGCCUGGGCUGAAUGGGGUCAAUACAGCGAUCAACGAUUCAAAGAAUCUCCUAAGGAAAUAGAACUUGCAAGUAAUGCCGUUAGUUGCUACCUCGAGGCAGCUGGUCUAUACAAGAGUUCCAAAUCAAGAAAGCUUCUGAGUCGCAUUCUUUGGCUGCUGAGUCUGGACAACGAAGAAGGGAAAAUUGCCUCCGCCUUUGAAAAUUUCAAGGGUGAUACGCCUGUCUGGUACUGGAUUACCUUCAUCCCACAGCUGCUCACUAGUCUAUCCCACCGUGAAGCAAGAUUGUCCAAAGCAGUUCUAAGCAAGAUCGCCAAGUUAUACCCACAAUCUCUGUUCUUCUUGUUAAGGACAUGCCGUGAGGAUUUAGUUUCUAUCCGCAGAUCGCAUGAGCAGAAACAGGAGAGGCUUAACCGGGCGAAGCAGCAGCAACAAUCUCCGGGCAUCGGCAUCAAAGACAGCACACCGGAGUCGAAGCCUGGAACGGCCGGAUCUGAUGGUUCUGCGAUUAAUGGUACCACAGAUGCGCAGACCUCCCCUAGACAGCCGCCUCAUAUUGGCCAAACUGGACAACCCCGACCAAUGGGACAGCCGGGACAAGUAGGACAGCCUGGGCAGAUGGGGCAACCGGGGCAGAUGGGACAAGUAGGCCAGCUCGGCCAACCUGGACAACCAGGCGCCAUGAAUCCCUUGCAGCAAAAGCCAGACCCAGACGCUCCACAGAAGGAGCCGCUUAAGAAAUCGUGGGAAUACGCGGAAGAUGUCAUGGCUACCCUUAAAACCGCAUUCCCCCUCCUAGCGCUUUCGAUGGAGACAAUGGUCGACCAAAUCCACAAGAACUUCAAGUGCCCGCCGGAUGAAGAUGCAUACAGACUUAUCGUUGCUUUACUUAAUGAUGGUCUUGCUUAUGUGGGUCGGAUGCCUGCUUCGUAUGCACAAGACUUCAAACUUCCUCCAGCGACAGAGGGCAACAUUACUCGCUUCGCGGAGACUAUUCUUCCCGCGCAUAUCCGCAAGUCAUUCGAGGCUGAUUUCGUUGUCAAGAAGCCGACCAUGCACGAGUACAUCCACAAGCUACGACGAUGGCGGGAUAAGUUCGAAGAAAAGCUUGACCGACGACCACAUACACAAUCCCUCGAAGCAUUCUCUCCUCACCUCAGCGAGUUCAAAUUCCUCAAAUUCGAUGAGAUUGAAGUUCCCGGGCAAUACCUGGAGUACAGAGAUAAAAACCAAGACUUUAUCCGCAUCGAUCGCUUCCUACCGAAUGUUGAACUUGUGCGUGGGAUCGGGGUCUGCCACCGACGUUUGAAGAUGCGUGGUCAUGAUGGUAGUUUACAUUGCUUUGCUGUUCAACAUCCUGCUGCACGCCAUUGUCGCCGGGAGGAGCGGAUUUUGCAACUCUUCCGGAUAUUCAACGGCAUCCUCUCUAAACGAAAGGAGAGCCGGCGUCGCAAUAUUUAUUUCCAUCUCCCCCUCAUGGUUCCCCUCGCCCCUCAUAUCCGGCUUGUUAAGGAUGAUCCGUCGUAUAUUUCGCUGCAGGGAGUCUAUGAGGACCACUGCCGACGGACCGGCAUGAGCAAAGACGAGCCUGUGCUGUUCACCAUGGAAAAGAUGCGGUCGCUGGCCGAGACGAAACUAAAUCGCACGUCUGAACAGUCCUUAGUUCUGCGGUCAGAAAUCUUCUCCGCUAUCCAACAGAAAUGGGUUCCUAACACGAUCCUGCUCGAGUUCUUCCAGCAAACAUAUCCCAACUUCGCUGAUUUCUGGCUUUUCCGUCGCCAAUUCUCCUACCAAUAUGCUGCAGUCGCGUUCAUGACAUAUGUCAUGCACAUGACCAACCGCUACCCGAACAAGAUCUCCAUCUCCCGUGCCACAGGAGAUAUCUGGGGAUCCGAAUUGAUCCCCAACAUGCACACAGCCAAACCUCUCUUCUUCAACCCUGAACACGUGCCUUUCCGCCUUACACCAAAUAUCCAAACAUUGAUGGGCCCCUUGGCCACUGAAGGUAUCUUCGCCUGUGCAGUGAUGGCAAUUGCCCGUUGCCUUACUGAGCCACGACAUGAGCUGGAGCAGCAACUGAGCCUCUUCGUCCGUGACGAAAUGAUCUUCUGGUCCACCGCGCAGCGAGCUUCGCCGAUUGAGAGCCAGCUGCGAGAUAUGGUACAGAGCAAUUGUGAAUUCAUUGUCAAUAGGGCUGUUAGCCUUGCGAGCCCACCUGACGGAAACUUGCCUGCCAACCAAUCCGUCAUUGACCUUAUUUCGAGGGCGGUUAAUCCGCAGAACCUAGCGCAGAGUGACGCGUUGUGGAUGCCCUAUUUGUGAUGUGCCGCUCAUGGAUUGUUUUCUCUCUUCUUUUACUCAGUACCCCUUCUGUGAUAUUGCUCUGUGGUUUCUUCUUUUUCACCCUUUUAUCAUUGUGGUUGUUUUGUGAUUUCUCUUUCUAUCAAUUUCUAACUUCCUUUGUACUAUUUUUUAAAAACAUUGAUCCGACUUUUUUACCUUUCAGUUGUUUAUUGUUAGUAACAACCUCCUAUUGUUUUUUAUUUUUAUUUCGAAUACUGUAAAACGCAAUGACGGCUCUGAAAUGAACUGGGGACGGAAAAUGCAGGCAAUGGUCUGUCUAUCAUUGCUCAGCGUGGCGUCAGGGGUUUGUGGGGUUAAUUCUAUGGAGGCCUAGGAAUAAUUUUAGUAUUUAUUUAUCUGUAUGUAUUGAUGAAAUUACAUUUAAAUUUCUCUAUAAAUGUUACUCAUACAUCAUAUCCAACUGGCUUAGAACAUACUUAAAAAACAAAAAUUUCACAU